CCCUGUCUAUCUAAACAGUGAUUCACUUACAGCAAGCUUCAGGCUAGCAUUGACCAUAUUAAUACCCAGAAAAUCCACAAGGUGUUAGUUUCACAUAGUUUUGUAUAAAAGGUGAACUGAGAUUUCACUCAGACUACAGCUCUUCCCAGGCAAGGCAGUUGACCACAGAUCAGGAUGAAGACAGUCCAGCUUUGCUUCCUUUUCUGCUGCUGGAAAGCAAUGUGCUGCAAUAGCUGUGAGCUGACCAACAUCACCAUUGCAAUAGAGAACGAACAAUGUCGUUUCUGCAUAAGCAUCAACACCACUUGGUGUGCUGGCUACUGUUACACCAGGGAUUUGGUGUUUAAGGACCCAGCCAUACCCAACAUCCAGACAACAUGUACCUUCAAGGAACUGGUGUACAAGACAGUGAGAGUGCCCGGCUGUGCUUACCAUGCAGACUCCUUGUAUACGUACCCAGUGGCCACCCAGUGUCACUGUGGCAAGUGUGACAGUGACAGUACUGACUGCACAAUGCAAGGCCUGGGACCCGACUACUGCUCCUUCAGUGAAAUGAAAGAAUAAAGGACAGAUGAUAUUUUCGGCCACCUACCCUUGUCCUGCAGGACCCAGAUAUUCAAAAAGUCUGUGUGUGUGCAAUGUGCCCAGGGUACAAACCGGACCAGGGGAUUGUCAGACUCUAGGGAUCCCUGGUCUACAGGCAGAGGGAACUCCGGGAUCUGAGAGUGCUGGGGCCAGGACUCUAUCACCAUUCAGCUCUGUAUUCCUAGGUCUGGUUUCAUAAGGUUUAUUCAGCCGUAACUCACAGACUUGUGCAUGCUUUCUUCCUGAAAAAUCUUAGAAGUCUUCUGAGACAAUGCCUUUCUCUUAGAAAGGGGUAAACAUAAGCCUAGAAGGAGGAAGCCAUCAUGGGAGUAGGUGAAAGAACUAACUGUAGCAGUCUUCUGGUAGACUCUUGGGCCCUCUAGAGCAAGUCAGCAUCUUCUUGAGCAUUGUAGCCUCAAUGCCUAGCACUCUGCCUGGAACUUAGUGAGAAACACCAUAAUGGCUUCUUUAGAUCAGAAAGGUCAAACGUAGGAAAAUGCUGGAAGAAGAUGUUUGAGGUAAGCUGAUGAGGCUGCCCCCAGCCACACCAGUCCCGUGAAAGUAGUGGCAUGAGUUCUACCCAGGCUUCCCUCCGACACAUGGAGUAUUGAGCAUGAUGUAUGUCUCUGAAUUGUUCGGUACAGAUGGGGAGUAACACAGCUCAGGAUUUCCCAGCUGUCACUACCAAGCCUAUUAGUUAAGGCAAGAAAUUUUAAUCUGGGGCUGUGGAAAUCAGCCUGCCUCUAUUCAUUACUUAAACAAAUUGAUCACAUGUUACUAGGCUCCUGCAAAACUCCUUUUUGAGAUAAAGGCAAAAAAACAAACAACAAUCUCAUUCUUCCCUCCCUAGGAUCCAAUUCUUUGGAAUGACAAAGGAUUUGAAAGUAGGUUUGAAUAAAUGUAUUUAACUUGUCUACAAAUAUAUUUGUAUAAAGAAAUAGCUCCUUUAGAAAGAAUUAGCCAUGGGGAUAGGGGAAACUGCUGUUUUCUAGGAUCCUAUCUAUAUCAGUCUUCUCUUUCAUCUAUCCAUGUUCUCCCAAAUCUGUGAUUUCUUUCCAAAGGUUAUGUAUUAACUAUUUCAUGAGUUGAUUUCUUUUAAAGAUGUUAACCAUCUUAGUUAUGUACUUAGUUUCACACUCAUAUUAACUAGUUUAUUUAAAUCUUAUUUUUUUAAUAAAGAUGCUGGCCACCAGAGUCAUAGAUUUAGAUUAUGUACAAACAGAUGACUUAGACAUUGUGUAUUUUAUAACAUUAGCAGAAUGAAAUCUUAAAAUAUAAUUCCCAGUGCUUCUACAAAAAUUACCUUUCUUCAUCUUUGGAGAUACUAAAAAUAAUCUUGUUGGAUUUCCAAAAGUGUUUUGUCACUUAAAUUUCCUGUCAUUUCUUGAAGUCAUUUUUUGAUGUAAUGGGAGAGAAAAAAGGCAUAGAAAUAAUCACAGAGUGGGUGGGGACACUAGAGCUUCUCUAGUUUACUUCUUGAAUUUUUGAGAUGAAAAAAUUAGAGCCCAAUAAUAUCAAGUGACCUACCCAAGAUCAGUAUCUUAGUCCUUUUGGGCUGCUAUGACAGACUACAUUAGACUGGGUAAUUUACAAACAACAGAAAUUUAUUGCUCACAGUCUGUUGACUGGGAAGUCCAAGAUCAAGGAGAAGCAUAUUUGUUGUCUAGUAAGGGAGGGCCUGCUCCCCAUUUCAACGAUGGUGCUUUCUUGCUGCAUCCUCACAUGCUAGAAACAGCAGAAAGUUCCCUCAAGCAUCUUUUAUAAGAGUACUAAUCUCAUACAUAAGAACUUCAUUUUUAUGAUUUAAUCACCUCCUAAGGCCCCACUUCUUAAUACCACCACAGUAAGGAUCAGGGCUCAACACGAAUCUUGGAGGAACAUAAACAUUCAGUCCAAAGAAAUCACAAACACUGUUCGUGGCAGAGCCAGGAUUAGAACCCUAGCCUCCUUGCUCAACCCAGCUCUCCUUUGACUACUCUAUCAUAAUAAGAAGUAUUUUGGUAAGGAUUGAAGAAAAA